GGUCCGCGGCUAGAGUCGACGCGAUACCGACUGAGCCAACAUGCGCCGGCCCUCGGCCCUCCUCGUGGCCUUCCUGGCUGCGGGAGCGCUCGCAGUGCCAACGGGGCAACGAUGGGAGAACAAGUGCGCCGCCUUCUGCGUCAGUCCCGAGCAGACCAAGCUGGCCUACCAGCCGGGCAAGACGUACGUGUAUGAGUACAGUUCGGACACGGAGACGACGCUAGCCGGCGCCACCGACGAGGCGUCGAGGCUGCACGUGACGGCUACGGCCGAGAUCACGGCCAACUCCGGCUGCGACUUCACCCUGCAGGAGGUCACGCUUAAGGACUCGGACCCGAAGAACGCCAACAGCAAGCAGGAGGUGGACAACAUGGCCACUUUCAAGCGGGAGCUGGAGCGGCGGCCGCUGUCCUUCAGCUACCAGCAUGGACGCAUCGAGGACGUGUGCUCCGACCCCAAUGAGCCCGUCUGGGUGCUCAACUUCAAGCGGGGUCUCAUGUCCACCAUGGUCAACAGUCUGAGGUCGAUGGAGGCUGGUGAAACUCGCAGUCAGGAGACGGACGUGACGGGCGUUUGCACCACCGAUUACCUGGUGGAGGAGCACGGCUCCGGCUACCUGGUCACCAAGACUAAGGACCUGCUGAGCUGCACGGGCCGCGGCCACCUCAUCUCGUCGCUGCAGACCACGCCGUACACCACCUACUCCAAGGUCCAGUCGCUGCCGCUUGUCAAGAGCUCGCUCCGGUGCCAGCAGAGGGUGUCGACGGAGCGGCUGCAGUCGGCGGAGUGUGAGGAGAGCCAUCUGUUCCGGCCGUUCUCCCAGGGCGAGAACGGCGCCGUCACUCGCACCACGGUCCGGCUGACGGAGGUCACCGUCAGAGACGCCGUUCCCAGCUACGACAGCGAUGAGCCGACCGUGCGCGGCUCGCUGCUGUUCGACCACGCAGACGCCCAGCUGACGCAGCGGAACCGGGUGCAGGCGGCCGCUGAGCUGCUGGCACAGCUUGAGCUGAAGACGGCCGACGGUGUACGACCUGAGGUACCGGCCCUCUUCACGCGCCUCGUGCGCACCCUCCGCCACUUCGACGCGUCGGGGUUGAGCCAGCUGGAGGCGAUGACGAAGGACGGACCGGCGCGGCGUUACUUCAUCGACGCACUUCCGCUGGCCGGCACUGCUUCAGCCAUGUCCGUCAUGGGCGACCUGAUGAGCCGCCGCGCCGUGCCCGAGGAGGCGGCCGACCGCUGGAUGACGGCUCUGGCCUUUGUGCACGAGCCAAGCCUGGAGAUGGUGGCGGCGCUGGCGCCGCUGCUGGGGGAGGCCGACGUGCGCCGGCAGACUCUGCUCGGCGUCUCUUCGCUGGUGCAUCACUACUGCGAGCAGCACGCGGACUGCGCAGAGCAGGCUGCCGUUCAGCAGGCGAUCCGCCAGCUGGAGGCCAUGCUGGGCUCCGGAUGCCGCAGCAACUCCGAGGAUGAGGAGCUGAAGAUGCUGACCGCGCUGAAGGCGCUCGGCAACGCCGGCCGCCUGGUGGCCGGCGGCGACACGCUGCGCAGCUGCUUCGAGGGUGAGAACACGAUGGAGGUGCGGCUGGCGGCGAUCCGGGCGUUCCGUCGCAUGCCGUGCAGUGCCGUGACCGACAGUAACCUGAUGGGCAUCUUCAGUAGCGAGCAGGAAGACACUGAGGUGCGUAUUGCCUCUUAUCUGGCCAUCAUGCAGUGCCCAACGCACGGCGUCGUUGACAAGGUACAGGAGAUCCUCUCCCGCGAGUCAGUUAACCAGGUCAGCAGCUUUGUGUGGAGCCACCUGACCAGCAUGCAGGAGACCAACGACCCCGCCAAGCAGUACAUGAAGCUGCUCCUCUACAACGUGGACCUGGAGAAAAAGUUUAAAACUGACGUACGGAAGUUCUCCAGGUACUUCGAGAAGACGAUGUUUUCUACGUCGAUGAACGCCGGUGCGACUGUCGACGGAAAUGUCAUUUUCACGCCUGAGUCAUACAUGCCCAAGUCAGGAAUGUUCAACUUCACCGUGGACUUGUUCGGGCAGGCCAUUAAUCUUUUGGAGGUUGGUGGGCGCGUGGAAGGCCUGGAGGACUUUUCCGAAAGCAUGUUCGGCAACAAUGGCGUCUACCCGCAGCAGGCUAUCAGCCAUAUCCUGAAGACGAUGCGUGGCCGCGAUUCUAACGACCUCUCCACCUACGGCCGUCGGAUCCAGACGCCCAAGGCAUCCGCGUACUUGAAAGUAUUCGGCAACGAGCUCAAGUUCAGCAAGUACGACUCGCUUAACGAGCUGGUCAGCUCGCUGGGAGCCAGUGAUCCGCUGGACUUCCUGCAGAAGCUGGCAAAGGAUAUGGACUGGACUGAGAACUACCAGUUCCUGGAUUCGGCUUACACCAUGCCCACUAUCGCUGGCUUCCCAUUUGUGCUGAAGGCGGUCGGCACGGCCACUGUGUCUCUUAAGACGGGCGGCAGCUUCAACAUUGAAAGCUGGGACAAGAUGAACAUCAACGGCCACGUCAAGCCGUCGGCGGCGGUGGAGAUCAUGAGCGAGAUGGUGGUGGAUGCACAUGUUGCGCACACUGGCCUCAAGAUGAACACGAACCUUCACACGUCCACCGUCUUCGACGGCCACGCCAUCGUCGACUCAGGCAAGAUGGUCUCGGUGAGGAUUAACAUGCCGCGAGAGAAGGUCGAGAUCCUGGACAUCAACACCCGUUUCCACAGUGUGUUCAGGAACAAAGCACGCAAACUGGAGAUGCAUACCGACAACCGCUACGAGCUGGUAGCAUGCUCUGACCGUUAUGUCAGCCCGCAGCUACUGGGCGUCAAUUUCUGCACGGACAUCAGGUACUCGCAAGGCUCUGAGGGUCUGCCGAGCGUGCUGCUCUCCGGUCCGCUGACUGCCCGCUUCACCAUCGAGAAGACGGACACCAUCAAGGGAUUCGAAUUCGAGUACCGCCACUCGAACGAGGCCAGCGUCAGGAAGUCCAGUCUGGUCAUCGACACGCCCGGCUCCGCCACUGACCGCCGCAUCAACGUGGACUACAUGAUCAACUUCGAGCAGAAGGCGUUCAAGGCCGGCUUCCGCACGCCCAUCAAGUCGAUGGACGUGUCGGGCAGCCUGGACCUGGCAGGACAGACCAAGCAGUUCGAUGCGUCGCUCAAGAUGGACGAUAGGGAGCUGGCUGGCGUUGCCGGCCGGCUGGAGGUGGACGAGACGCCAGUCAUGGUGCGCUACUCGCCCUCCUUUAGCGUGCGCGGCCCCGCCGGCGAGCUGGUCGCCUUCGACGGUGGACUGAUCGUCAGCAAAAACAAGCACAAAUACAACGUAGACAUCACCAUCAGCAAACUCUACCAGACGCCCAUUGUCCUUAAGGGCGCCUUUAGCGAAGAUGAUGGGACUUACAACGUCCUGACAUCAGUGGAGUCUUACGUUCUGGAUAGCAACAUGAAGGGGUCGUUCCGCUUCGCUGGAGACAACCUUAUCAUUCACGCCAACACCGACUACAGCUUCAUGAACGGCGAGCGCCAGACCAUCAUCGUCAGCUCCAAGAUGAGCAAAGACGAGCGGGACGACCUCACCGCCUACAAACUGUUCCUGGAUACCAAGUUCUCUGCGCUUCCGAUUCUGGACACCCAGCUGACAGCUGAGCGGCAAGUGACCUCAGAGGGCUGUGAGAGCCGGCUGGUGCUGACGCGCGGAGAGCGCCACUACGAGCUGAAUACCAUGCUGAGCCACGGAGACAAGAUGGCCGCCAGUCUCGGCGUGGUCGUCGCCCACUGGGACGUGGACUUCAAGCUGGGCGGAGAGAUGGACUUCAGCCAGGACCACAAGGUGGUGGUGGGCAUCGAAGGACGGCUGAACAAGGAGAAGUUCGCCAGGGGCAAGCUGGGGCUGGACUUCAAGUCGGAGCAGCACGGCUUCAACUACGGCGUGUCGGCCGACCUCGACCUGCCCUUCGCCAAGUACUCGAUGCAGACCGGCGUGAGGCGUGAGGAGGAGGCAGCCCACCUGAAGAUGGUGGUCGUCCGUCAGACGUCGGCCGCGCGCGACGAGGUGGCGCUGGUGGCGCUGCUGGCGCGCGAGCACGGCCAGUUCGAGGUGGACUUGACGUUGAGCGUGCCGCACUACCCGCGAUGGCAGGCGGCCGGUCGCCUGGUGCCCGGCACCGGCGGCCUCUACCUGGCGCGUGCCACGCUACAGGGCGGUGAGCGCCGCUACACGCUCGGCGCCGAGUACAAGCUCCAGGAGGAGCAUGUGCUGGAGCUGCUGCUGGAGGCGCCGGGCCGCCGCUUCUCAGGCCUGGUCUCGGCGCUGGUCACCGGCGAUAGCCCCCGGGUCAAGGUCGACCUCCGCUGCGAUCGACGUGUCAUGGCGGUGUUCACGGCACUACCCUACGGAUGGGAGAAGACUGCCAACUUCGAGAUCUUCUGGAACAAGGAUGUUGAUGAUACGCAGAAGGCGUCCUUCGACGUGCUCCUGCGGGGCAAUAUCAUGGCCGCCAGUCUUAAAUACCCCGGUCGUCUAAUCAAGCUAGAUGCAACUUUAACGGCGACGGAGUUGACGGCUGACCUGCAGUACGCGCCCGGCAAGACGAUUCACAUCGUCCGCAAGGAUCAGCGGGUUGGCAGAAACGGGUUCACUACUACUGUCAACGUCGACACGCCCAUUGAGGGCUUCACUACCAUGUCGCUGACGCUUUUUAAGAAGCCCGAUGUGGAGCAGGACGACCUACUGUCCUCUGACCUACUGGUGAAUUUCGAGGUGUCCGGCAACGUGGAGGGGAGCGAGGCGCGCAUGACAGGUCUCGUUCUGGUGGACAUGCGUCGGCUUACAACUAUCAAGACAGAGGUGGACCUGGUGACGCCCUUCCGUGGCUGGGAGCACAAUCAGCUGAACUUCAACUACCACAUGGACAGAACCACGUUCACGGCUCUCGCUUCCGCCACCAAGAACGAAGAUCAGAUUGCUCUGGGAGGAACUUUUGAGUUGUCCCACAACUCUGAUGCGUUCAAGAUCAACGCUGGGCUUGAGGUUGCUCUACCCACGGACGCGCUUCGGAAGGCAAAGAUCGGCUUCCACUUCAAAAUGGGGGACCGCCACUUGGACACAGGGAUUCUUGCUCGAUGGAUGACCACCAAAGACAUGGAAGUGUCACUGAACUUCAACAGCAAGCAUGUUCUGGAAAGACAAACAGACAUUGACUCUACACUGACACUGAAAACCCCAUUCAAAAACGCUGAAAAGUUCGUCACCAACUUUAAGUUUUUCCUAGACCAUCAUAGGCUACACACCUCAUUCAGCCUCAAAGAUAACGUCAGGGAGAUUUUCUUGGCCCUGUUGGAGGGUGGGAGUGAAGCGGCCCAAGCGUAUUCUGGAAAGCUGGUCAUCAACUGCGCCGUGUGCCCGGGCUUCGACGUCUCGUACGACCUGACCCCGACCGGAGAGGGAGCCAAGUGGAGAAUCGCUGCGCACUGGAACGCUCACGAGACUUCUUUGUCAGGCCUUUUUGCCCAGGAACGUCAACCACACGGAGUUGUGGGAACGAAGACCGUCCUAACUUUGGUUCUGCCCAAUCCACCAACGACAUAUGAACUGCGCCAACGCCAUGAAAUAAACGUUGACAAGACAACGCUCAAGGAACAUCUAGAACUGCGCCGUGACAACGAGAAGAUCAUCAUGGACAUGAACUCAAAAUGGACUCAGGUUUCCAGCUAUGGAAAAAUGACGUCUGUGACUAUUGCAGGCCAUGGCACACUGACUUCACCUUUCAAGGGUUGGGAAUAUUCCCAGAUCUCGCAGACAGUGGAAGUGAACGUGCAAAAUGAUGAGAGAGUUUCAUACGUCGGCCAAACCAAGAUACUCAAGGGAGACAAGACCAUCGAGAUGACCGAUACGGCCAAGUUCGAAAACGCUCUGAACUGGCAAUACCGUCGGGAGGUAAUCAGCAACACCAGGUGGUUCGAGCGUUUGGCUGGGUCUCUGCAGCUGGCAUGCCGCUCGGCCAGUGAUGCGACGCUGACUGGCAGUGCCGAGUGGGAUGGCGAGACAGCUGAGCUUCUUUACUCUCACAACAUCCCCGCGAUCCAUGCCAUGUCUGGCCUACAAGGACACAGCAGUGAUGUCGCUAUCUCCAUCACGGCUACGUGGUUUGGUGGUGUGUCCAAGACUCUAAAACUGGCGAAUCGGGAGUCGUCUGAGGCGUACCAUCCAUCUCUGACCGUCAACUACAACGUCGGCAAGACCGUGAAACUGUACGGUGCUCUCUCAAAAGCAGUCGUGUCUGGAGAGUCCCACAUAGCUUUCGAGGCACCAUUUACUGAGAAAGUCACGUUGUCUGUGAACCCAACCUGGCAGACAGACAGUAUUCAGGUUGUUGUGAGGUAUAUGCAUGGAAGCAAGAGCUACAGUGCAGAUGCGACAAUGACGCACGACUUCCCAUCGGCCCGCCCACUCAGCAUUGAAGGCGGCCUGGUUGAACAGGGAUUCAGCAGGUCAGCCCAUCUGGUUCUGACCCGCAACCAGGAUCAGAUUCGCGCCGUCAUAGACGGCGAGUUCAGCUGGACAAAAUCGGCCGUCGCCCUAGAAAUCACGUCGCCUUUCUCCGUGGCCAAGUCCCUGAAUUUCAUCGCGCGUUACGACCUGCGCGACGAGCAGAAGACAUUCAGCAUUCUUCUAGCCAGAAACGGUGCGCAGAUUCAGAUGAACGGCUAUGGCAUCAUGAAGGUAGGAGCUGCCAAGGGCCUGCUUCAACUGGAGACUCCUUACCCAGAGUGGGAGAGCGUCAAGUAUGCUGGUGUCUAUGAUGUUAAUCAUGAAGAAAAGAUCAUGGAAAUUAGCUACGAGAAAAAUGGAAUCAAAAAGGUGAUCGCUAGCCGAGGAUCAUACAAUGGGGAGACGGCCUACUUGGAUGUUAUAACGCCAGUGGAGGGAUACGAGCGAAUGGGAAUAAAUGGUCAGUACAUCAGUCGAAGGGGCAAACGUGAAGCUGGAUACGACGCCCACGUAAACGACCAUCGCCACCGGCUGUACGUCUUGUACGAGCGCGUUGGAAAGGAAAGCGCCAAGCUUCGAAUCGAGUCUCCUAUCGAAGGAAUGCGUCUCGUCGAGGCGGACAUCAGGUCCCAGACUUUCCCGGAUGGAGUGGGAUAUUACAUCAACACCAACCGCGACGGGAAACGUAACUCGGCCGAAAUACGCGCCGUGUUUGGAGAAAAUGACGUCGGAGUAGAUAUCUCCAUCAAGUCCUAUGUGGAAGGGCUUGAGAGUCUGCAGAUGUCAGGAAACGUAGUGUACCGCGGCAGGAAGAGGUCGUUUUCUUUCAAGUCAAACAGAGGCGGCAGUGAGGCCGAAGUAUCGGGAGAGGCCGUGAUCAAGCGGAGGGCUGGAAACGGAAGCAUCAAGGCUAAGCUGCCGAUCGAGGGCAUGGAGGACGUGGACGUUUCUUUUGACUACAAGCUUGGAAAGAAGAAGUCGUUCCGACUGACCUCGAUUCGUGGUGGUGAGACGAGGGAGUUCUCCGGAGACUUGCAGUAUACGGAAAACAGCAUUACCAUCAAUCUCAAUACACCUUACAACGGCUUUAAGAAGCUGCACGCCGACGCAAGUCGUACACAGGCCGCGGACGGCAGGAUUGCCGCUGACAUCAACCUGCAGCGGGGCAACCGGAAGAUUGGCAUCGCGUACGACUACCUGUUCGAAAAGUCGGGUGGGUCGGGCAAAGUCGAAAUCUCGAAACGUACCACAAGGCCAAAUGGACCCUUGAUUGAGCUGGGCCUGGAGACCAACUUCCCCGAGUUUGAGAAGAUCGAAGCAAGUAUUGAUGUGGACAGGACUCCAGGAUCGAGCAAAGUGAACGUCGACUACAAGCGUGGCGACAGGGUUGCAAAGUUUACCGGAACGCUAGACAAGUCGGAAACGGGUGGCAGUGUCAGCUUCAGCGCCAGUACUCCGAUCGCGGGAUUCAAUGACAUCAGCCUCAGCGGCAGCUACGAAGCUGUCCCUGAACGUUCCUACGCUCUGAACAUCGACUAUUCCCGCGGUCAGAAGUACGUCCACCUAACUUCCUCCAUCAAGCUUGACAUACACAAGGAUUACGGCAAACUGCAGUCGGCAGGAGCGCAGGUCAACAUCAAGUUCGACUCGAUGAUUACGCGGCCGGUUGACCUGCUAGUGACGUUCGAUGGCUCCAUGACAGCGCCGCCGAAUGGCUCCGCCAACGGUAAGCUGGUGUCCACCCUGAACGGCAAGACGGUGAGUGUGACGUACUCGGUUGACAGAGCGGAGGCCGGCCGCCGGGUAUCUCGUAUCACCCUCACCACGCCUCUCAAGUAUCCCUUCAAGAAGAUUGUUUACAACGGCGAUGUCUCACUGACCAGCAACAAGGCGGCGUUCAGUCUGGAGUACGGCAGGAAGAAGGUGGCGCUGGACCUGUCCUGGUUCGCGGGUGAGGCACACCAGUACGGCGUCGAGGUGCGCUUGAAUACGCCGUUUAAGCCGGUCCAGUCCCUAGAGCUGGACGUAAAGGGCACCGUGAGGCCGGACGAGUCUAUAGACGUGAUGGCCCACUACCGCCGCGGCGAGAAGAUGGUGCAUGUUUCUGGCAACCUCAAACGAAGCGGCUUCGACCUCGACUUCGAGACGCCUACGUUCGGUAACUUCAACCUCAAGGCCAGCGUCAUUCCAGGCCCGCAGACAUACUCGGUGAAGGCUCUGUUGACCAUGCAGUCAGGCGUGAGCGCUGGCGGUGAGAUCACUGUGAGGGCAGUUAGCACUCGCGAUAUGCAGCUCACAGUGGAUGUGCACACUCCAGUGCGCGGCUGGGAGCGUGUGACGGUAGACGUGGCGUACAGCAACACCGACGAAAGUAACAUUCUGCGCGUGGCGUUCGAGGCUCCCCAGACCAAGCGCGUGGAAGUCUCGUUUGAGCUGACGAACUGGGCACGGAACGACAGCACAUUCUUCAAGGCCGGCGUAACCACCAACUACUUGGGCAACGCGUUUACGUUCCGCACCAACAUUCUGCGCGACGACGCCGGCAUGAAGUACGAACUCGAAAUCGAGUCACCGUUUCACAUUCUGCCUUCGUUCAAGCUCACGGGAACACGCUAG